AUGAAACAAUCAGCAACUGGACAAAUUCAAGCAACGGCAAAUGAUUUGAUAAUAAAUGUGGACGAAAAUUCUGAAAGUCAAAUGGAACAUCAAGACAGAGUGUUGGCAAAUGACAUCGCAAAAAUGCUAGAAAGCUCGGAGCCUCCCUUAUCACCUGAAUGUUGUAUCUACAAGGUUCCAACUGAUCUUCGCAAAGUGAAUGAAAAAGCUUACACUCCUGAGGUUAUAUCAAUAGGGCCUUUUCAUCAUGGCGAUGAAAGAUUGGAAACCAUGGAAAAGCUAAUUAAAGUGACAUAUUUCAAGAGAUUUAUGCAAAAGACUCUGCUAAACGUGGAAAAAUUAGAAAGCAUUAUAAGGAAUAGGGAAGCAGAUGUUCGUCAUUGUUAUUCACAUCCUAGCGCACUUAGCAGUGAUGGUUACGUGAAAAUGAUCUUGACAGAUGCGAGCUUCAUUAUUGUGUUUUUUUUGACAUACUGCAAGACUAAUGAAUGGAUGGGUGAGUACGACUUAACACCGCGGUUGAUUUCUACGAUAAGAAGAGACAUCCAGUUGCUUGAAAAUCAACUUCCUUUCUUUGUUAUUGACAAAAUAUACAACUUUGCAUUUGCAUCUCACUCAAACUUACCUUCUUUCACUGAGCUUGCCAUCAAAUUUUUUGCACGAUCCAACAGUAGAGAAAUGUCUCUCGAUCCCAAUUUGAAAAUUAGGCACUUCGUUGAUUUGUUAAGAACCUCUUUUUUGCCUCAAUCGAUAUCACAAAGACAACCGCAAAGAAACCGCGGCCAAAAAGUUACACUUUUGUACACUGCGAGCCAGUUACACGAGGCAGGAGUGAAGUUUAAGGUGAGCUCAAGCAAUUGUUUAUUUGACUUAAAAUUCACAAACGGAGUGCUGGAAAUACCACAAUUCAAAUUAAGCAAUAAUACCGAGUCUCUUUUUCGAAACCUCAUGGCCUUGGAGCAAUGUCACUAUCCCUUUGAUGGUUAUUUUACCGAUUAUAUUUGCGUAUUGAAUUUCCUUAUUGACACUCCCAAAGAUAUGGAUUUACUUGUACGAAAAAGGAUUUUGGUUAACGGUUUAGGCAACAGCAAUGCAGUGAUAAAUUCAGUCAACAAUCUUUGGAGACAAAUUUUUAUUUCAGAAGUGAACUCCGAUUAUUGUCAUCUUUGUAAAGAUUUGAAUACAUUCUAUGAGGAUCCUCGGCAUAGUUGGAAGGCUACCUUGAGACGUGAUUAUUUUAGCACUCCCUGGAGAACUGCUUCUACUGUAGCUACUAUUAUUUUUAUGGUGCUUACUUUCACACAAACUGUAUGCUCUAUCAUCUCAUUGUGGUAG